UGUGUGUGUGUGUGUGUGUGUGUGUGUGUGUUUUACGUCAACAGGAGACAGACACAUAACGACCGGAUUUCCCCAUUCUUGUCCCCCUCCACGAAAUCGUCACUCAUCACAACACUUCUUUCGUAUAAUGGAGAGGAAGACGCUACAGAGGACAGUUAAUUAAGGGAGCACGAAACAGGUUGGGUCAAGAUGGUGGUUGGUCUCCUCUCCAGCCUCAGCAGUUUUCUUCAGCUCGGUGGCAAAACAGACAUCGACAGCCCCGUCAGCAAGCUACACCACAUUUUCACUACACUUAUCUUGCUAUGUUUUUGUCUACUCCUCUCCGCCUCGCAUUUCAUCGGCGAUCCCAUUCACUGCACGUUUAACGAACACCCGCUGAUGAAACAGGAAGUAAUUGACACUUACUGCUGGCAACAUGCUACCUUCACCCUGCCGCGCCACUACAAGGGUGCGGCUCAGGUCCAUCCGGGCAUCGGCGUCUCCACAUCCCGCGACGAGAGAGUCUACCACUCCUAUUACCAGUGGGUGCCUUUCGUCAUCUUCUUUCAGGCCAUCAUGUUCUACGCCCUUACUGGCUGUGGAAGAUGUGGGAGGGCGGCGUGGUGAAAUCAGCGUCCGCAGACCUGGCGGUGCCCAUCAUGAACAAGGAAGAACGCAACGACAAGAUCGAGAUGGUGGGCGAGUACCUGCAGGCCUCGCUGGGCCAGCACAAUGCGUACGCCAUGAAGUAUCUGUGCUGCGAGAUUCUCAAUCUGAUGAUAACCAUCACCAACAUCUGCGUCACGGACUCCUUCCUGGGCAACAAAUUCAUCUCAUACGGAACCGAGGUGUUCUCCUUCGUGCAGAUGGAGGAAGAGAAGCGCACCGACCCCAUGAUCAAACUGUUCCCGCGCAUGAUCAAGUGUACCUUCAAAACUGUAGGACCGUCCGGCACCACUCAGAAAUUGGACAGUCUGUGCAUCCUGCCGCAAAACAUCCUCAACGAGAAGGCGUACCUAUUCCUGUGGUUGUGGCUGUGGAUCCUGGUGGUGGCUGGCUCCCUCUCCAUCCUGUGGCGCUUCUUUGUCAUCUUCGUGCCCUUUGCGCGCAUCAAUCUCCUGCGCAAGUACACGCUGGGACUCAACAACAAUGAGGCGAAGGUGCUCACCACGUACCUUAAGUUGGGGGACUACUUCCUGCUGUACCUGCUGCACAAGAACGUGUCGCACCUCGCCUUCACCGACCUGGUGCGGGACCUGGCGGCGCGCAUCUCUGGCAAGGACAUAGAGAGCAUGGAGAUGAGCGAGAAGGUGGCCAAGGACACCAAACGAUACCACCUCAUGAACUCACCUAGGUGAUGCACGCACGCAUCCACGCACGCACGCACACACACACACACACACACACACACACACACACACACACACACACACACACACACACACACACACAGUCACAAAUAUCUUAGUUGUAAGUGUACAAUAUAUUAUUUUUUUUACAUUACUACAAUAAGGAUGACGCAUUGUUGAUUACGAACAAUAAAGAAUUUCUAUAUUUAAGCA